CCUGUCCCUCAGAACCAAUAAUCGCCCGGAGUUUGGACUGAUUGUUCUCAAUCGAGACGAUCGAACCAUCCUUUUUUCACCUUCCUCAUCACAAUCAAAGUGGGAAUGGCCAUGCAGCCAGGAGGAUCAGCUCGCAAGAAAUCGCCUGAUAAUUUAGCUGAUUCCAGCAGGGCCUUGCUCGAAAAGCGCGCAUUGCUAAAAUUGGAUCUUUUAAUCAUCCCGAUGUCGAGCUUGUUUUACUUCUUGAGCUAUCUGGAUCGGUCUAACCUUGGUAACGUGCGGAUUGUAGGUACGGCCUGGCAUGCAGAUCUUUUUCUAUGAAGGGAGCGAUCUGUGAUUUUCGAUCUGACCAGGGCCAUCACGUCUCUUGAAAUACGCGCAACGCCAGGUCUUCAAAAAGACCUUCAUAUGAGUGACCAGGAUUUCUCCAUGGCGUUGACUGUGACUUUAAUACCCUAUAUACUGGUGGAACUUCCCUCGAGUUUAUUGAUGCGUAGGAUUGGUGCUGGAGUACAAAUACCAUCCAUCGUUAUCAUUUGGGGGUUGGUGACUCUCUUGCAAGGCUUGGUUCAUAGCUACCAUGUAUUACUUACAACUAGAUUCUUUUUGGGCUUGCUUGAGGGUGGACUCUAUCCGGCGCUUGUGCUUUAUUUAUCAAUGUUUUACAGUAGGACCGAGCUGCAACUUCGCAUUGCCUUCUUUUUCAGCACAGUUUGUUUAGCUGGAGUUACUUCUGGUUUAUUGACAUAUGCGAUCAUUAAACUCGACGGGUAUUGGGGACACUCAGGUUGGAGUUGGGUUUUUCUAAUCGAGGGUUCUAUCACAUCGGUUUUUGGUAUGAUAGGUCUCCUUUUACUACCAUCAGACAUCAAGACGGUUAAAUUUCUAACCGAAGAAGAGCAAAGCAUUGUCGUCUCAAGACUUCAAAGUAACGAUAUAUCCAAUCUCGCGUCGCCUACGUCCUUCACCAAAGAGUUUCCUGCCAAGUCGACUAGUCAACAGUUCUGGGAAGCUUUGAAAAGCCCACAUGUUGUCAUUCUGACCGCGGCCCAUUUCUUUUCAGCAUUCAACAUCUCCAGUCUGGCUUAUUUUUCCCCAACAAUUAUCAACUCGUUUGGUUACUCUCCCAGAGCCACUCAGCUUUAUUCAGUCCCCCCAUUAGCUUUAGCUUUUGUAGGCCUCUUGAGCGUCUCAUAUUUAUCAGAUCGCUAUCAAGCUCGAGGACUGGCAACUAUCUGUUGCGCAACACUUUCGCUUUUAGGCUUUGUGAUCUUUUACGCUUCAGAUAACUAUAAAGUGCGAUAUGGCUCCCUGUUUCUUUCUACACCCGGUACGUAUGGAGUGGUGCCAUCCCUUGCCGCAUGGGCAACAAACAACAGCGCACCACACAGUCGUAAAGCAACCACUAUUGCCCUGAAUGCUAUAUCAGCAGGUCUGGGUGGACUCCUGAGUAUUUGGAUUUUUGUUCUAGGUAAAAAACCAAGAUAUUACCUUCCAACAGGAUUGAGUAUAGCCUUCGGAGUUUUGCUCAUAGUAUGUUGUGUUCUGAACAUCCUUUGGCUCAAUCAUGCACAACAGCAUAAAUCCAAAAAAAGGAAUGAAAUACUUAGCAGGUUCACAAUUCAUCACUCAGAAGGCGGCACUAUUCAAGACGAGGGUUAUCAAAAUAGACAAGAGUUACUUUCAGCACAAGCUUGGGACCAUCUAGGAGACCAACAUCCAGACUUUGAGUAUGCAUGUUAAUAAUGUAUAUUGUUGUUGCUUUUGAAAUUUGGUUUUACUGCACCAAAGAAUUGGAUGUUAGAUUCGUGAUUAUUUCAUCCCCUCCACUCCCCAUUAGAAUUAUCACUAGAGAAACCAUCACCAGGAAAAUUGUCAGAGCAACUCCACUGCAGGGGACUCAGUCCCCAAAAUUUGACCUUGCUUGACUUCGGCACAUA